AUGAGCGACAACAAGCGCUUAAGAGAUCUGGGGGCGGGCUUGACCUCGGGCAUGCUCCUUGCAGCUGGUGCCCUAACCGCGUACCUGCUACUCAAAGAUGUCGUCGCCCCCUACUUUGCGCGGGUAGUCGACCCAGACCACGAGAAGAACGAAGCGACACGAAAAAGGGCACAGGCGAACCUGCAAAGGAUACGAAAGAAGAUUGCCGAGAACAGCGCAAAUGACGCAGCCAACACAGAUGCAUCACAAAAGACCAGCGUUGAGGACUUGAUUCUGAACGAGUACGAAAACCAGGUAGCACUGGAGGUCGUCGCGCCAGAGGACAUCCCGGUUGGCUUUGACGACAUUGGAGGAUUGGAGGAAAUCAUUGAAGAAGUGAAGGAGGCUAUCAUCUACCCAUUAACGAUGCCACAUUUGUACCAGCAUGGUGGGUCUCUCCUGGCUGCACCAUCUGGCGUGCUGCUGUACGGCCCACCAGGCUGUGGCAAGACGAUGCUGGCAAAGGCUGUGGCACACGAGAGCGGUGCCUCGUUCAUCAACCUUCACAUCUCGACACUUACGGAAAAAUGGUAUGGCGACUCCAACAAGCUGGUCCGUGCCGUCUUCUCUCUGGCGCGCAAGCUUGAGCCCGCCAUCAUCUUCAUCGAUGAGAUUGACGCUGUGCUGGGGCAACGACACAAUGGCGAGCACGAAGCCAGUGGCAUGGUCAAGGCUGAAUUCAUGACGCUAUGGGAUGGUCUCACCUCGUCCAACGCCGCCGGUGUUCCUGCACGCAUUGUUGUGCUCGGUGCCACCAACAGGAUAAACGCCAUCGACGAGGCCAUUCUCAGGAGAAUGCCCAAGAAAUUCCCUGUUUCUCUUCCGGGAACUGAGCAGCGUCGUCGCAUUCUCGAAUUGAUCCUCGGGAAUACCAAGCGUGAUCCGGACUUUGAUGUUGAAUAUAUUGCCAAGGUCACGGCGGGCAUGUCUGGAAGCGAUCUCAAGGAAGCGUGCCGCGACGCCGCCAUGGUUCCCAUGAGAGAGUAUAUCCGCCAGCAUCGUGCGUCCGGGGCGUCCAUGUCCCGGGUAGCCCCUGAGGGCGUCCGCGGUAUCAGAACCGAUGACUUUUUCGGUCGGCGAGGCGGACAGGUCCUUCAUGUGCCACCGCCUGCUGCUACUAAUGGGCAAUCCGAAAGCGAAUGGCGCGAUGUCGAGGAACUCGAAGAGGACAUUGUUACCACGCUCUCAUAG